AUGCCGGAAAGCGUAAUUCACCAAGAAGCUGUGGAAGAAGCUGCUGCGCAAGAAGUGCACAGCAGAAGUGACGAGAUAAUCGAAGCAGUAGUCAAAAAUGGUGGAAAUUUUCAUGAAAAGCCAGGCCGUGCCAGAAACCCGACAGUCGAAAGUAGCUCGAAUCGUCUCGAGGACAUCGUCGAAGCCGCCAAGAUUUCAAAUCACGAAGCCGCUUCGACGGAACAAUUCCCUCAAGAGAUACUGGGAAACGACAUUGAAAAAUCAGAAAGGAUUGACCACGGUGUAUGGACAGGCCUAGAACAAAAUUGCGGUAUCACAGGACAAGUAGCAGAGGGCCGCACGACUCAGUACCACGACCUUACAUUAGACACUGCAAACAACCCAGACCCACAUCAGCCUCUCCACAUAGUAAUACGGAACAACAAAGGCUGUACACGGGCUGAAAAUCCAGAAGCCUUCGCCGAAAGCGAUGAAAGAUUCAAAAAGGACCUGAGAAAAAAGGUAGAAGAGGGAGUGUACACAUGGUCUUAUGCAGACGCUAUCAUAAGACAUAUGAAGGAGACCAAUUUCAAUAUGAUCUUUUGCUUCACAGCCUUUGAUGGAAUCAAAGCGACUUACGCGAAUCCUCUCGCCACGAUCCGCCAAAAGGCUCUAAUGAUGCAGCAUGACGUGAAUGACCAUGGCUUGACAGAGUUACAUAGGCCAGCCGGUGGCGAGAAGCAAGUAGCGGAUAUCGUUUUCGUCCAUGGGCUGAAUGGCCAUCCUCAGCAUACGUGGUCUUGCAAAGCAGUAGAUAUUGAUGCAGCCGUCGACAAAAUGUCUGAUAUCGACGGCCAAAGUAGUCGCGAUAGUAUUGACCCCGCGCAUCGACAGCGAAACUCUCUUGGCCUUGGGUUCGGCAAGCCGCCGCCGCCGCAAAAAGUGUUCUGGCCGAGAGACUUACUACCAAAAGCUGUCCCUAAGGCAAGGAUCCUGACAUGGGGCUACGAUGUGUCUCUCAAGCACUUGUUGUCCGCAGGCACUGAAGGGUCCAUCUUUCACCAUGCCGGUCAACUGUUAUCAGAUCUUGCUCUUCUGAGAAAUACCCGUUCAGAGAAGACCAUUCCUAUCAUCUUCAUUGCUCAUAGCCUUGGAGGGAUCGUAGUAAAGGAUGCAUUGAGUCGAUCCAAAAAUGACACAACUUGGAAUGGUGAGAUAUUACCCAGUACCCAGGCCAUUAUGUUCUUCGGUACGCCACACCAUGGUUCUAGAACUGCGUCAAUGGGUACGGUUGCAUUUCAAGUGGCGAGAUUGUUUUAUGCGGAUCCUAAUAUGAAGAUUCUUCGUGCCUUGGAGGAGAAUUCGGAUGUUUUAGACCGCAUCUCAAGCAGUUUUGAGCACGUGCUAGCAUCUAGGCCGAUAAAGAUCCACUCAUUCCGAGAAGGUCUGAAGACAAGAGGUCUCAUGAUCGUUGAUGAGGCUUCUGCCUCCAUCGGCUACUUAAACGAAACGAAAGCUGUCAUUCAGGCUGAUCAUAGGGACAUGGCGAGGUUCCACUCCUCUCAGGAGCAAGCUUUUCAAAAAGUCAUCUCAAUCCUGAAUCGGUGGAUAGAGGAGCCUGCUCAAAUCAGAAGGAAGCCUGUCCCUGCACAACCCGUUGAAGAAAGCCCGUUGGACUUCAUGAGCCAGCUGGCCCGUGAUACGCCUCUCAAGAACGACUUCGACGAAUGCAUACGUUCAUUAAACUUCGUAGACGCCCGACGGCGUUAUUUAGACGUCAAGCCUGCCUACAAGAACACGUACAACUGGCUGUUUGAUCAAGAUAUUGGCUUUAAGUCGUGGCUCACGGGCGAAGAUGGCCGGCCAAUACACUGGAUAUUCGGCAAGCCGGGGUCUGGCAAGUCGACAUUGAUGAAAUUUGCAAUGACACAGACCCGUACCAAAGAUCUGCUACUUGAAUAUGACAGUAAUGCUUGGAUCAUCACCGGGUACUUCUUUUACGAUCGCGGGACAGCUGACCAAAAAUCUGUCAGAGGGUUCCUCCAAGAGAUCUUGUACCAAAUGUUGAAGAAGCGGCCAGAACUUUUCCUCAUCAUUCGCCAAAUCUUUUUGGAUGCAGAGACAUCCAACGGCUUCAGGAGCAACUCUGCAUGGGAUCAAGCGCGUAUUCAGGAGGCACUAUCAUUGAUUAGCCGGCAGUCGGAGUCUCCUUUAAACAUAUGUCUCUUUGUGGAUGCCCUUAAUGAGCAUAAUGGAGACCAUAUGGACUUGCUGUCAUGUUUGAUGAGUCUUGGGGAAGAAGAACACAACACUAACUUCCGUCUUCGACUAUGCGUGGCUGGACGUCCAGAGAAUGUCUUCAUGGACGCCUUCCGUGGAUACUCUAGCUUUGCCAUUCACGAUUACACCACGUCUGACAUUCACCACUACGCCGAGGAUAGGAUUCGUGAAUCUAAUACAACCCAACUGACUGUGCGGAGCAAGCAGAGACUCAAUGAAAUAGUUGCAGAAAUUGCCAAAAAGGCCGAUGGGGUUUUUCUAUGGGUUCGCUUGGUUGUGGAUGAGCUUGUGGAGGGUCUUCGAGACGGUCUGACUCUUAAAGAAUUGAAUGACCUGCUUUCUGAGAUUCCUGAGCAGCUGGAAGACCUCUAUACAAGAGCAAUUCGCCGCAUACAGGUCGAUAAAUCGGCAGCUUCAAGAGGAAAAGGCUAUGAGACUUAUGUCUUGUAUCAAAUUGCUAUACAUGCCACAACUCCGUUCGAAUCAUACACACUUCUAGCAGCUGCAAUCUAUCUUUCAACUGGAGACGACCCUCAUCGUGAAUUGAGCGAGGCUACUUGGGACCAACUCAAUCGUCGCAUCAAUAGCAGGACCGCUGGAUUACUGGCGCCUGGACGCUUCAAAGUUGAAUUUAUACACCAAACAACCAAAGAGUUUCUCUGCAGUAAAAAGGGCGAGACAUUGAUGGAGGAGCAUCUGGGUGGUAGACGACCUGAGAAAGGCCCUAGUCUAAUUCUAAAGUAUUUCAAGAGUUAUGUUGGAUCUGGACGCCGCGAGUCGACCCUGCCACCUUCUCGGGCUAUGAAACAUAUCAUAAACUACGCCUGGUCUGUUGAGGAGAAUGAAGGUAUUGCCAGUGACGACUUUUUGGGAUCAGCUUCGUCAACACUGCCGGAAGUAGAAAGAUCUAGAGUCCUACAAGGCUUAGUGGAUGAAUGUAGCCUUGACUUACCGGAUGGUUUGAUGUAUAAGUACGGCCAAAAUCAGAAGAAACAGCUGCUCUUGUUCUACGCUGUAUGUGAACUACCAUUAUCUGUAGCACGCUGCCUCUCUAGAGACAGCGAUGUACUUGCAGAUGACGAAUUCAAGAGCGAUAUUGAGAAAUUUUUUUGGAUAAAAAGCGACGUCGUCGGUGACAAUGCAGAUGUUCCAGUCUUUUAUGAGCGUUACUCGAGGACAUAUCAGACCUUGAGAGCUGCUGGCCUCCUGGCGCAGUUUUCAGGAGUAGAUUUACCCGGGACUUAUACUGCGACAACCCGGCGAAAAUUCUAUAAAGGCUAUUUUAAAGAUUGGAACUCGACAAGAACAAGUUAA